AUGGGUAUUUCUAGAGAUUCACGUCACAAAAGAUCCGCCACUGGUGCCAAAAGAGCCCAAUUCAGAAAGAAGAGAAAGUUCGAAUUAGGUAGACAACCAGCCAACACCAAGAUUGGUCCAAAAAGAAUCCACUCUGUUAGAACCAGAGGUGGUAACCAAAAAUUCAGAGCUUUGAGAGUUGAAACCGGUAACUUCUCUUGGGGUUCCGAAGGUGUAUCCAGAAAAACCAGAAUUGCUGGUGUCGUUUACCAUCCAUCUAAUAACGAAUUGGUUAGAACCAACACCUUGACCAAAUCUGCUGUUGUUCAAAUUGAUGCUACUCCAUUCAGACAAUGGUACGAAAACCACUACGGUGCUACUUUAGGUAAAAAGAAGGGUGGUGCUCACGCUGCUCACGCUGCUGAAGUUGCCGAUGCCAAGAGAUCAAGAAAAGUCGAAAGAAAAUUGGCUGCUAGAUCUGGUGCUGCUGCCAUUGAAUCCGCUGUUGACUCUCAAUUCGGUUCUGGUAGAUUAUACGCUGUCAUUUCUUCAAGACCAGGUCAAUCUGGUAGAUGUGAUGGUUACAUCUUGGAAGGUGAAGAAUUGGCCUUCUACUUGAGAAGAUUAACUGCUAAGAAAUAA